GGAAGAUCUGAAGUUAAAGAGGAGAACAGGAGGUUUGUGCUGCCUCCGCACAGGAGAGCCCCCCCUCAAAGAGGAGCGCAUGGAAAGGUACCAGACGGCGUGACCCUCCCUUCAGGGACCCGGUCAAUCAACAACAUUCAAACGGUCAGUCAGGACACGUAUGGUCCCAUCUGUGUCUUAUUAGACCUGGACGGCCUCCGGUCACCGGGUCUCUAGUCAGUCACUCCCACUGGGUUUGGGUAAAUAGCGUUCAGCGUGUUCCUUUCCUUCACAGUGAGGAACGAGCAGCGAAGAUUAAAGUUUGAUCCUCUUUCACAGGGAAUCAACACGAGGAUUAAGGCCCGUCAUGGUGCACAGGGUGGCGGUGAUCGGCGCCGGCCCCUCGGGGCUCUCCAGCGUGAAGGCCUGUCUGGACGAGGGGAUGCUGCCCACCUGCUUCGAGAGCAGCGAUGACCUGGGCGGGCUGUGGAGGUUCAAGGAAGUGUCCGAGCCGAACCGGGCCAGCAUCUACCGAUCCCUCACCAUCAACACCUCCAAGGAGAUGAUCUGCUUCAGCGACUUCCCCAUCCCUGCAGACUACCCCAACUACAUGCACCACUCUAAGAUCCUGAGAUACCUCAAGAUGUACGCGGAGCACUUCCACCUGCUGCAGCACGUCCGCUUCCAGACCUCGGUGAAGACGAUCAGAGAGAGGCCGGACUUCAGCCGCUCCGGCCAGUGGGAGGUGGUGACGGAGGGCGGCGGCGGGCAGGAGGAGAAGCACGUCUUUGAUGCGGUCAUCUGCUGCUCGGGUCACUACACCUACCCCAACCUGCCACUCAAAGACUUCCCAGGCAUCGAGACGUUUGCGGGGCGGUACCUGCACAGCUGGGACUACAAGGGGCCGGAGGACAUGUGUGGGAAGCGCGUGGUGGUCAUCGGCAUCGGCAACUCGGGGAGCGACAUCGCCGUGGAGAGCAGCCGAGUGGCGCAGCAGGUGUACAUGAGCACUCGUCGCGGUGCCUGGGUCAUCCGCCAGGUCUCCGACAACGGGCUGCCCGUCGACAUGAAGUACAACACCCGCUUUGUCCACAUCCUCUUCCAGCUGCUGCCCACCAACGUCAUGAACUGGCUGGGCGAGAAGAAGGUCAACGCCAUGUACGACCACACCAUGUACGCCCUGAAGCCCAAACACAGGCUCUUCAGUCAGAUCCCAGUGAUCAACGAUGAUCUGCCGUUCAGGAUGCUGUCCGGCUCGGUCAUCCUCAAACCCAACGUGAAGGAGAUCCGUGGCUCCUCCGUGCUGUUUGAUGAUGGCAGCACAGUGGAAGACGUGGACGCCAUCGUGUUCGCCACGGGUUACAACUAUGCUUUCCCCUACAUGCCGAGCAGUGCCGUGUACCGGUCCGGCCACCGCGUGGGUCUGUACAAGCACGUCUUCCCCCCCGACCUGGAGCAUCCCACCCUGGCUGUGGUGGGCUUCAUCCACGCCCUCGGAGCCAUCAUGCCUCAGGCGGAGAUUCAGGCUCGCUGGGUUGCACGCGUCUUCAAAGGACACAAGAAGCUGCCUUCAAACCAGGUCAUGAUGAAGGCUGUGGACAAGGACACCAAGGACAUGGAGAACAGCUACGUCCUGUCCAAGCUGGCGCCGCUGCAUGUGGACUUUGUGUCCUACAUGGACGAGGUAGCUGGAGAGGUCGGGGCGCGGCCGAGUCUGCUGUGGCUCUUCUUCACGGACUACCAGCUGUUCAAGAGGAUCCUGUGGGGACCGGUGACCGCCUACCAGUACCGCCUGGUGGGCCCGGGGAAGUGGGCCGGGGCCCGCGGGGCGAUCUUCACCCAGUUCGACCGCAUGUUUAAGCCGUUAAAAACAAGAGAGCUGGAGGUGGAGAAGGCCUCAGUGUCCAGCCGUCUGAUGAAGCUGAGCCUGAUCGCCGUGGCUGGAGCGGUGGGCAUCUACUACGUCCACGUGCGCCACCCGGCCGCUAUGACCACCCUGCUGUCUAAGCUCCGCCCACAAACCGCUUGA